AACUACAGCUGACAAUGGUAUCUAUAUUCUUAUGUCUUGCAAGAGUAUUCAUCCUUUGUGAAAAGAUGUAAAAAUUGCAUUUAAUAACUUUAACAAGACUAACUUGAACCGAUCAACUGUGACAUGGAAAGUGAAAAGAUUUUAAUGGCUGCUGGUGUUACCGUAGCGGCCGUUGUUGGAGCAUUUGUUUUUUGGGGACCUGGUGGCCAGGGUUCUUCACGGUUACGCCAACGGCGAGGUCAAAUUGCCGGUUUACACAAUUUUGGACAGACUUGUUUCUUAAAUACACUCCUGCAGGCGUUUGCCGCAUGUCCACAAUUUAUAGCAUGGCUGCAACUGUACAACAAUGCAACGCCGGAUCGUAAAAGCUUAAUAAGCUCAUUGCUCAGCACUUUGGAAGUUAUAAAUGGCACUCACACCACUCUAAGGGGAGAUCCUUAUUCACCAGGAGCCGUGCUUCGGGCACUUAAUGGAUUGGGCUGGGUUAUACCACAAGAGGAGCACGAUGCCCACGAACUUUUUCAUGUCAUGCUUUCUACUUUAGAAGAAGAAGCUCACAGACCUAAACAAGUGGGAUCAUUAUCUGAUGCUUUGCCGGAAGAUGUUCGUAUAAGAGAUUCAAAUCGACCUUCCAGUGCCAUGCUUAGUGAUUUUUUGAAUGUUGAUUACGAUGAGGCCACAGGUCUAUCACGGAUGGUUCGUUCAGAAGCACAUACACCUGAUUCGCCAUCCUCAGUUUGUGAUCGUGAUUUGCAUUCCGAGCAAUUGCCGGUAUCGACACCAACUGAAAUGAUGGAUAUUGAUACAUUUGCAACACCAAUGUUGGGAAAUGGUCGACCUAGUCGUUCACGAGACAAUCUAAAUAAAAGAAAUUCAGGCUCCUGUCGGUCUUUAGAGCGUUUAACGCGAGGACCGGGAAAGGUUUCUAUUUGGUCUGAGCAAAUGCCAACGCAAGUACCACACCCUUUUCAAGGGACUUUGGGAACACAAAUUGAUUGCAGUGGAUGUGGAUUUAAGUCUGCAGUACGUUAUGAUAAGUUUGAUAGCAUUACAUUAAAUUUACCCACACAACGACGAUCUGGACUUAGUUUGGGUCAUUUACUCAGUGAUUAUAUUACACCCGAAGAUGUUACCGGUGUACAAUGCGAAUCAUGCAAUGAAACCACAACACACACCAAAUCUUUAACAUUCGCAAAAUUACCAGCAUGUCUAUGCAUACAUAUAGCGCGAACAGUUUGGCUGCCUACAGGUCAUGCAUGUAAGCGACAGGAUUAUGUACAUUUUCCUGAAAGUUUAUCUAUGGCACCAUAUAGUUUUGUGCAGCCACAUUUAAAUAGCCAGGCCGGCACGCCAUGGGGUUCCACAAUGUCAUUAUUCUCUUCUAGUCUACCCAUGAAUAGUUUGGGUAAUGUAGGCGAUUCGUAUGGCACACCAACCUUCGGUACCAUGUUUCCUCGCAAUCUGUACCGUUUAUUGGCUGUUGUGGUACAUUCUGGUGAAGCACAUUCUGGACAUUUUGUAACAUACAGAAGGGGAGCAUUACGCAAUGGCCAUCGAUGGUUUUAUACAUCCGAUACCGUUGUUCGUGAAGUUUCCAUUGAUGAAGUGUUAAGUGUACCAGCUUAUUUAAUAUUCUACGAUCGUAGUCCCCAAAGACCUUUGCGUUAAUUUAUUUAUCUUUUUUUCCAAACACAGGAUCUCAUUCCUCUACAAAAACAUUACAAUCGUUUUUUAUACACAUUUUCUUGAAAAGCUUACAUCAUUUUAGAUUGUAAACGGGAAAAAUGAAACACCAAUCAAUACCAAUUUCAAUGGAACAACAAAACCAAUAAGAGUUAUUGCAUUUUUCGUCAUUCUUCUACCUUUUUUAUAUUGAUGUUACAUAAGAUUGAAAACAACAAAACAAAUAACAAAAAUCCAUGCAAUUUCCCCGGCCCCUUUAUGAGAGAGAAGCUGAUGAAUAAGAGUUUGCUGAAGCAAAACAUCUCGCCCUCACUCACAGUGUUAUUUAUAACAAUGGAAACAGGAACAACACAUUGCAAGUCGUUCAUAUUAAGCGUAGCAAUUAUUCUAUGUCUUUUAAUAUAAACGUUUUUCAAUAAAACAUUUCUCGAACAAUUUAAACCAAUAAACAAUAUUUCAGUAUUUGCUUGUA